CUUAAUAAAAGUUGUAAGCAUAGCAAUAACUAUUAAGACAUAUAUUUUAAAAGGGCUUUACUACAUACAAUCGGGAAAUACAGUCGGCGUGCAAUCGACUGUACGGAAUGAAUAAAAAAAAAUUAUAAAAAAAUUAUUUUAUAUUCAGGGGGACCUAUAUGAAUAAAAAAAAAUUAUAAAAAUAAUUUUUUUCAUGUAAAUUUCGUAUUAAUUUAUUUUUUUUCUACGACUGUACGCUGACUAUAUUUUCCGACUGUAAAAAAUAUUUCUCAUUUUAAAAAGGAAUUUUACCAAUUAAGGAAAGGAAAAUGCUGCUGUGCCGCUUCUAUUUGCCCGCUUUGGAUGACCGCAUGAGGUGGCACUACGCGUGUAACAUGAUGUGGACGGACAAAACGUAUUCCUUUCCCGCGUAAAGAGAACCCAUCCGUGGCAUCCAUCCGUGGCAUCCAUCUCCCCCACCUGGCCCACCGUAACAACUCCGACCACCACCAUAUCGACUCCGACCACCACAAUAACGAACUCCGACCACCGUAACGACUCCGGCGACGGAAGGAUCCGAAGAUCCCGUACUAUCAUUUCCUAUUUUCGUGCAUCAAAGAAUGAGGCCAUCCGUAUGCGUUCUGCCCCACCUCCCCCCACCGCCGUAACGACUCCGACCACCACCAUAAAGAACGGCGACCACCACCGUACUGGGCCCCCCAUCUACGGCGUCACGACAGAUCCGGAUUUCACCAUCUACGGCGCCAUGUGAGCCGAGAACCCCAUCGAACCACCUGCCCCUGCACCUACCAUCACGGCAAGCUACGCCCAGUUUGAUCAGCCCCAUCUCCGGCGACUUCUGGGUCCACCGAUUGACGCCACAAGCUCGACCCCCACGCUGGCUGACGCCACAAGCUCGACCCCCACGCUGGCUGAAGGUAAAGAUGAUUUCGGAUCUGUGUUUUUUAUUUCUUAGCAUUUACAUUUAUCAGAUCAUCCAUCUCCUUCAUCAAUUACAUUUUUCUUGCCUUAAUCUAAUGGGUAAUACAUGCUAACAGAUAGAUUAUAUUAUAGCAUACGACUGAAUAGAUUAUUAUGUAUGUUAGGACUAAGUGUAUUUUGAUUUUGAUUUAGUUAGGAACAGCUUAUAAUUACAUACUUAAGUUUCGAAACUUAACAUAUGAAGCAACUACAAUAAAUCACAACUUUCAGUCACUUACCAAGAAAUAGAUACAUAUAUUAUUUAUUUUCAUUUCAGCUAGUGUGUUGGAUUUGGUAAUUUAACAAUCAUUAUGACUGAAAAUUUAUCACAUGCUUUCCCAUUGUUGUAUCUUGUAAUAUAAAAUAGCUGAAAUUAUAUUCUAAUUCAAUUUGAUCAGGUUGUUACUUGUAGGUUUGCCAAGGUUGAGUUGAUAUGGCUUCCUUAGUAGAGUUAUCGGAUAAUGAAUAUGAUGAAGUAGUGGUUGAUAAUAGUCCUAUUAAUGAUGAAGGUGGCGAAGUACCCGAGGUUGAUGAUGGUGUCGAAGAACCGAAGGUUGGAAUGACCUUUUCUAGUGAGGAAGAAGUUCGAUCUUACUAUAUGAAGUAUGCUAAGCAGAAAGGGUUCGGGGUGCGAAGAAGGAAUUCUAGACAAAGUGAGGACGGGAAGGUUAGAUGGUUUACAUUAGUAUGUGCGCGGCAAGGCAUAACAAAGAGUCGGGCUUCCAAUGUCCUCAGGCCAAGACAAACGGAGAGGGUAGGGUGCAAAGCAAGAGUUAAUUCAGUUUUGAAUGAGGACGGCGGAUACACCUUGUCCAGUGUCAUAUUGGAUCACACACAUUAUUGUAGUCCGGGGAAAGCCAGACACUUUAGAUGUUUCAAGAAGGUAGAUGGGAGGGUUAAAAAAAGGCUUGAAAUAAAUGAUGAGGCCGGAAUACGUACGUCAAAGACUUUCAAGAGUGUAGUUGUUGAAGCGGGGGGUUAUGAAAAUGUGCCAUUUGGAGAGAAAGAAUGUCGAAACUAUAUUGAGAAAGCACGUCAACUUCGCCUCGGAGUUGGAGGCGUUGAAGCUCUAAUGAACUACUUCCAGGAUAUGCAAAAAAAAAAUGCUGACUUUUUUUAUGCGAUCGAUGUGGGUGCUGACAUGAGGUUAAAGAAUGUCUUUUGGGCAGAUGCCCGAAGUAGAGCUGCAUAUCAAUCAUUCGGGGAUGUGAUCACUUUUGAUACAACAUACCUUACCAAUGCGUAUAAAAUGCCGUUUGCACCAUUUGUUGGUGUCAACCAUCAUGGUCAGUCAAUCUUAUUUGGGUGUGGAUUGAUAUCCAAUGAGGAUGCGCAUACUUUUGAGUGGUUGUUUGAGUCAUGGUUGAAAUGUAUGAAUGACCAACCACCAAAUGCAAUCAUUACCGACCAAGACAAGGCGAUGCAACUUGCAAUUGCCAGGGUGUUCCCAUCGUCGAGGCAUCGCUUUUGUUUGUGGCAUAUCUUGAAGAAGCUUCCAGAGAAAUUCGGGUCACAUUCUCAAUAUAACGAGAUCAAGAGUAGUCUACACAAAUGUGUGUAUGACUCGUUAAGUGAGAAUGAGUUUGAAGAAGGAUGGUGCGAGAUGCUUGACACGUAUGAUCUACGCGAUAAUGGAUGGUUGGGAUCUCUUUAUGUUAAUAGGCGGUUUUGGGUGCCGGCGUACGUUAAAUGCACGUUUUGGGCUGGAAUGUCAACUACACAACGUAGUGAAGGCAUGAAUGCAUUUUUUGAUGACUACGUUCACUCUAGGACCGAACUGAAACAAUUUGUUGAGCAGUAUGAUUCAGCCCUUAUGAGGAAGGCAGAGAAUGAACGAAUUGCUGACUUCAGUUCAUUUAACACUGAGAUUCCUUGCAUCUCCCGCUAUCCUAUCGAGAAGCAAUUUCAAAAAACAUACACAAUUGCCAAGUUUAAGGAAGUCCAAGAAGAAUUCCGAGGGUUUUUAUAUUUGAGUCACUCGUAUUUAGGGGGCGAUGGUGCAAAAUAUGAGUACGUUGUCGCGGAUGAGAUGUGAGUGAGUGAUGGAUUCAUUAAACGUGUAAACUACAAUGUGAGUGUAGAGGAAGUAGAUCCCCUAAAUAUUACAUGCAGUUGCAAGUUGUUUGAGUUUAGGGGAAUAUUAUGCAGACAUGCUCUUCGUAUUCUGGCACAGUUAGGCAAGACUGAAGUACCACAAAAAUACAUUUUGGCUCGUUGGAGGAAGGAUUCAAAGAGAGAUUAUUUGAAUGUAAAAAGCAGUUAUGAGGCGACAAGCAACCCUGUGAGAAAAAGGUUUGAUCGGAUCCAAAGUUGCUUCCACUCAUUGUGUUCAAAUGCCGCAAAGACAGAGGGGAACUGUGUGAAAUUGAUUGCUCAGCUAGAACAAUUAAAGCAAGAGUACCCGGAUGCUGACUCCUACGAAGGUACCACCACACCUGGACAAGCUACACCCAUGGAUGGCACGAGAGGCAAAGUUCUUAGUCCAUUGGUGGUUCGGAGUAAAGGGAGACCACCAAGUAAGAGAAAAACGCAUCCAGUUGAGAAGAGUCUCAAGAAACCGAGCACUAGAAGGAGAUUGCCCACAACAGAGGUUGUAUAUUGUUCCAUAAUAUACAAAACAUAUGUACAUUAACUUUGCAAGAAAAUAUUACUAUUUUUCUCAAACUCCAAUCAUAUAGGUGUACGUUGUGUGAGUCAUGUAAGAAUUUCCAUUUUAUAAGUCUGAAGUGGUUGUUUGUAAGAUACAUUAAGAAUUUCUGUGUUCUACUGAUAUUAAUAGAUUAUUAUGGAUUUAUGUUCGUAUGCAUAGAGGAGUCGCCAAUUAUGUAGAGAAGAUAGACCUAUGUACAGUGUAUCAUACCAACAAGAUGAAGUGCCUCAAACCCAGGUAUCCUGUCUAUAUGAUCAAGGAAGCCAGGUUUGGACACAUGCGCCGGAUUUUUUUUGUACUUCCUCGACUGCUCCUCCACCUCCAGUAGAAGCGCAACCUAGGCGAUUGAAUCUAUCGGAUCAAGAUGAUCUAUACGAGCCUAGAUGGUGGCAGCCAUGAUGGUGAUAUCUUUCAGUUGGAUAUAAGUGUAUAGAAGCUAAGAAUUUCUGGUAGUAUGUUCAGGUUGUAUAGAAUAGCUGACCCUGGAACUAUCCAGCUUGUUUUUUGUGUGAAGGUGGCAAUUUCCAGCUUGUUUUUUGAGCUGGAACAGAAACUUUUCCAGCUUGUAUUUUGUGUAUUUUGAGCUCAAACUGUAAUUUUUGUGUUGGAUUUGACUCUGUAUUUUGAUCGGCUACUUUAAUUCACAGCUACUGGAUGCUUCCAGCAUGUAUUUUGUAAGAUACAAACAUUUUCCACCUUGCAUUUUGAGCUCAAACUGUAAUUGAUCAGUUGGAUUUUAGUGUAUAGAAG